AUGAUUCCAUUUGUCGGCAGGAUGCAUCCAAGCUGCAUCGAGCCGCCAACCCCGCGAAGUGCAAUGGUGAGAAUGACGCCAAAAGCGAACGAUAUCGUCGCUCUUUGUCAACGCGCUGCCGAUCCUAAACCAAUAAGGGCAGUCGAGCGACAUAUCGGCCAAUCGGUGGACAUUUGCAACGCGGUUCUCCUCAAAGCCAAUCAGGAGAGCAUGCGACAGUACGAAAUCAAAAAGAAUCCUGACGCCAAGGCACAUAUUCGACAGCUUGAAAGUGAGAGUCGAUGGUUGUCACAAAUUCGAGCGGAGAUAAUCGCUACUACCGAGUUGAUUAUCGAAAAAGAAAGGCAAGAAAUGCGCGAGCUCAUGUCGAAGUCUUUCCCGAUUGAUGAACAAGCCUUAUUCUUACGACGUGAGGAACGGAACAAGAAGAAACGCGAGGAAUUGAAGGAGACGGGUCUUGCAGCUGGAAAGUUGAUGUACAGUAUAAUGCUUCAAAAUGAACAAUAUCUAAUGGCUGCGAAAAAUGCUGUCAUAAUGGGACGAUUCAAACGCAACCUGAUGAUGGCGCUGGUCAAAGAAGAGGCUGAUGCUUUUCGAGAAGGACGAGAAGAGAAUCCGAUCGAUGCAAAAGCGAUUGCCCUAAGGUCCUAUGAAGAGGUAAUGGCGGCGGAGAAGAAAGUCAAAGCUCCGGAAACACCUGAGAAGAAAGUCGAAACUCCAGAAACGCCGGGAGAAACACAA